GCUAGACUGUUAUGUAAUUAUGCACCAGGAGUGUUUGGAUUCCAGAUUUGUAUUUGACAGACCUCUUCCUGUGUCUCGUCUUGUAUCUCUAAUUGGAAGCAAGACCCAGAUACCAACACAACGGUAUAGCCGGAGACCAUAUGGUGUUGGACUGCUUAUUGCUGGUUAUGAUGAUAUGGGCCCUCACAUUUUCCAAACCUGUCCAUCUGCCAACUAUUUUGACUGUAGAGCCAUGUCCAUUGGAGCCCGUUCUCAAUCAGCUCGUACUUACCUGGAGAGACAUAUGUCUGGGUUUAUGGAGUGCAAUUUGAACGAACUGGUUAAACCUGGUCUACGUGCCUUACGAGAGACACUUCCUGCAGAACAGGACCUAACUACAAAGAAUGUUUCCAUUGGAAUUGUUGGUAAAGACUUGGAGUUUACGAUUUAUGAUGAUGAUGUAUCUCCGUUCCUGGAAGGUGUUGAAGAAAGACCACAGAGAAAGGCACAGCCUGCUCAACCUGCUGAUGAACCUGCAGAAAAGGCUGAUGAACCAAUGGAGCAUUAAGUCACAAACCAGUCUAUAUGUGUAUUAUCAAAUAUGUAAGAAUGCAGGAGCCCUUACUGAUGACACUAAUCUAUACUUUGAACCAAAAGAUGCAGCGUGGUCUUCUGGUAUGUUUUAGGAAUCGGUCCAGAUGUGUUUUUCCCAAGUAACUUGUCUGAACCAUAUAAUGGUGUGCAUUUUUCUUUGAGAGGGUCUAUAUAAUUAUUUUC